AUGAAGUCGCAUGGGAACAUGGAGGCAACAGCAGCCCUUUUAACGCUGUCAAGAAUACUUUUGUUGCUUGUUAUUAUUCUCUUCGCUACUUCAAAAGCACAGCCAUGCGACAGUCUAACCCCUCUGGGAAUCGCUGACUCUAACGUCAUUCCAGACAACAGUAUAGUGACGUCUUCAGAAGCAGAAGGUAACGGAAAGGAACAGAUUCGUCUCAACUGCUGUGAAGGCACCUCCGGUAAAGCCUGGUGCCCUGAUCCAAAAGACAAACAUCCCUAUGUCGAGAUACACCUGGAAAGGCAAGUGGCGAUUGGGCUGAUAGACAUUCAGGCGCCGACGGUCGACGCGACAAACCCUCAGUUUCAUGUCAACUUUAUGAAGAAAUUCGACCUUCUGAUCAAACUUCCAGGUGUAAACCAGCUGAUCAGAGUCGCACAGAAUAUCAAUGCUAUAGAGAACAAGACCGUAUCUUUGAACAGUAUAUCGCUGUACCCGACCAUAUUAACUGACGUCAUCAGAAUUGAGCCCAAAGACAGCGAAAACCAGGCUUGUUUUCGAAUGGAGCUGUACCGGUGUGAUACUGCAU